AUGUCACCAAUUCAAUUAACAAAUGGCGUUUUAAAGAAAUUAUUUUCAAAAGAUUCUCAAGAUCAAGUAACAGGUCCAAUAAAUUUACAAGUCACUAAUUUAAAAGCAGUUGCUACACAUAAUGAUCAAAAAAAAUACAGAGUAUUAGUUACUGAUGGCGUUUUUUCAUGUCAAGGUAUAGUUGAAGAAAAAUGUACUCCAUAUUUGGAGAAUAAUAACUGUAACAGAUAUUGUUAUAUUCAAGUAAAUGAUUAUAGUGCAAUGGCAACGGUCAAACAUUUUGUUAUAAUUAAUGAUUUCGAAGUAAUUUCAACUAUCGGAGAAAAACCAACUAAUACAUUAACAGCAAUUGAUACAUAUUUUUCAGAACAUCCAGAAGAAGAUAAUUUUAUAUUACAACCUAAAUCUGAAAAAGAGCAAACACCAGGUGCUAAUAUCGGUCAAACUCCUCCAAUAGCUCAAUCAACUGCACAGUCAAAUAUUCAUAAUCCUUUUACUUCCAAUCAAAAACCAACUAAUACAUAUCCUUCCGGAGAACCAGCACCAAGAGUUUCACCUAUUGAAACUUUAUCUCCAUAUCAAAAUAAUUGGACUAUAAAAGCAAGAGUAUCAUAUAAAGGAGAUUUAAGAUCUUGGUCAAAUUCUAAAGGUGAAGGAAAAGUUUUAAGUGUUAACUUUUUAGAUGAAUCAGAUGAAAUCAAAGCUUCAGCUUUUAAUGAAGUUGCAGAAAAAGUUCAUAACUUGGUGGAAGAAGGUAAAGUUUAUUAUAUUUCAAAAGCAAAAGUUUCUGCAGCAAGAAAAAAAUUUAAUAAUUUAACUCAUCCAUAUGAAUUACAAUUAGAUAGAGAUACUAUUAUAAAUGAAUGUUUUGAUGAAUCAGAUGUACCAAAAUUAAAUUUCAACUUCGUUAAAUUAGAUCAAAUUCAAAAUUUAGAACCAAAUGCAAUUAUUGAUGUACUUGGUGCAUUAAAAUUAGUAAAAGAACCAUUCCAAAUUACAGCAAAAUCUACUGGUAGAGCAUUUGAAAGAAGAGAUAUUACAAUUGUUGAUGAAACAGGAUUUGCAAUUGAUGUUGGACUUUGGAAUAAUACAGCAGUUGAUUUCAAUGUUGAAGAAGGUACCGUUAUUGCUUUUAAAGCUUGUAAAGUUCAAGAUUUUAACGGUAGAAGUUUAGGUUUAACUCAAUCUGGAUCAUUGAUUCCUAACCCAGGUACUCCAGAAAGUUAUCAAUUAAAGGGUUGGUAUGAUAGUAAAGGUGUUAAUGAAAAUUAUAAAUCUUUGAAAUCUGAAUCAACUGGGUCUCAUGGAUUGAAUUUAUCAGAACGUAAAACAAUUGCAGAGAUUAAUAGUGCAUGUGAAGACUUGGAUGAUAAACCAGCUUAUUUUACAGUAAAAGCUGCAUUUUCAUAUGCCAAACCAGAAAAUUUUGCUUAUCCAGCUUGUACAAAUAUAACACAAAGUGCUGAUUCAAGUAAACCUGCUUUAACUUGUAAUAAAAAAUUAGUUGAAACUGGAGAUGGAUACAGAUGUGAAAAAUGUGAUACUACUUAUGAAACACCAACAUGGCGUUAUAUCUUAUAUAUAUCAAUAAUUGAUGAAACAGAUCAAAUGUGGGUUACAUUAUUUGAUGAACAAGCCAAAAAAUUAUUAGGUAUGGAUGCAAAUGAAUUAAUGAAAAUUUCAAAAGAAAAUGAAUCAUCAAAAGUUGCAGAAAUUAUAUCAAAAGCUUAUUUUAAAGAAUUCAAUUUUAGAAUUAAAGCAAGACAAGAAAGUUUUAAUGAUAACUUAAAAACUCGUUUCCAAUGUAAUGGUUUAAGCGAAUUAGAUUUCAAUGCUGAGUGUGAAUUAUUAUGUGAUAAAUUAGCUAAUGUUUAA